AUGCAGCAGUAUCCACCACCACCACAAACACAGCAACAGUACCCACCUCCACCUCAACAGUAUGCUUCUCCACCUCAGGGCUAUUCCCAGCCACCUCAAUACUACCCACCUCCAGCACAACAUCCGCCACAACAGCAGCAGCAAUACAAUCAAAACACAGGUUAUGCUGAGCUAGGCGAGCAACCUCUGAACGCAAAUGACAAGAUCAGACCUUCCAGCGGGUUCAAGGAUGUGUGGGCUACUGCUCUUUGGCUGUGUAAUAUGGCAGCUUUCAUUGCCUUGUCCGUCAUUGGGCUUCAAAGCUAUUCGCAAAACAAGGGGUCUUAUGGAGGUACAGCACCUCAAACAGGAGGAGGCAUUACAUUUGAUACCGACACAGUCAAGGUGUUUGGUUUCUCGGUCAUUGUAGGGUUUGGGCUCAGUUUCAUCUACCUGCUUGUCGCCAACAUAAUUCCUGGACCUUUGAUCGUUACCACAUUUAUUGGUAGUAUUUUGGUCUACCUUGGUGUCACCGUCUACUACUUUUACACGCAUUACUAUUCAGCUGCCGUCAUCUUUUUGAUCUUUACAUUCUUGUAUGCACUCUGCUUCUACCUGUGGAGAGACAGGAUCCCCUUUGCUACUGUCAUGCUGAAAUCUAUCACUGCCAUUACUCGUAAAUACUGGAGCACCAUGGCAUGGGGUAUUGGUUCGCUUGUCAUUCAAACCAUCUACUCCAUUUGGUUCAUGAUCACAGUAGUGGGUGUGUAUCAAGUAUACUAUAGUAACACAGGCAGCAAUUCUAAAUUGAACGCUGCUAUGGUCUUUCUUGUGUUUUCGUUUUACUGGACAACUCAAGUCAUUGCCUAUGUUACCCAUGUGACAUUAGCUGGUGUCUUUGCUACAGUGUACUUUUUGAACAACCAAGUAGCUCAUCCCAUUUGGGGCAGCGCAAAGAGAGCCCUGACCACCAGCUUUGGUUCGAUCUGUUUCGGUGGUCUUUUGAUUGCUGUCAUCAAUACCAUUCGCUACUUUCUUCAGGUCGCUAGAUCUGGAUCUGAUAACGAAUUGCUUAACUUUGUACUGUGUAUCUUGGAAUGCAUUGUUGCCUGUAUUCAAGGCAUGUUUGAAUGGUUUAAUCAAUAUGCGUUCAGUGGUGUUGCCAUCUACGGUCAGGGUUUUGUGCCUUCCGCUAAACGUACAUGGUCCUUGAUCCAAGAUCGUGGUGUGGAGGCCUUGAUCAAUGACAAUUUGAUCGGCAAUGUUUUGUUUAUGGGUACAUUGUUGGUGGGUGUAUUGUCCUCUUUACUAGGCUACUUGUAUCUGCUGAUUGCCAAACCUGCCUACAAUGCUACAGGCAAUAUGACACCUGUUGUCAUGUUGAUCUGCUUCAUUAUCGGCAUGUCCAUGUUCUCUACUAUUUCAACCGUUAUCUCUAGCGGUGUCAUUACCACAUUUGUAUGCUUGGCAGAGGAUCCUGAAGCCUUAAGGAGGGUCAACCCAGAGUUAUUUGAAGCUAUUCGCCAAACAUGGCCUCAAGUCGUUCAAGGCAUUUAA